UCCCCCAUGAUGCAACGCAAACCUAGCUUAUCUUGUGCUUCCUGUUAGCUGUGGAAUAUAGCGGACGAGCGGUCAAAAAUACAUUGAUGUACGACUUAAACUGACCAAAGAGUUCGAAUUAGCGUGUUUCUCUGGAGCUGCUGAGGUCGAUAUCUAGACGAUAAAAUGAUCCGAUUCAUCCUGAUCCAGAAUCGAGCCGGGAAAACACGACUGGCCAAGUGGUACAUGCAGUUCGACGACGAUGAGAAGCAGAAGUUGAUCGAAGAAGUCCACGCAGUGGUGACCGUGCGGGACGCCAAGCACACCAACUUUGUGGAGUUCAGGAACUUCAAGAUCAUCUACCGGCGCUACGCCGGCCUCUACUUCUGCAUCUGUGUGGACGUGACGGAUAACAACCUGGCAUACCUCGAGGGAAUCCAUAACUUUGUGGAGGUGCUGAAUGAGUAUUUCCACAACGUGUGUGAGCUCGACCUCGUGUUCAACUUCUACAAGGUCUACACGGUGGUGGACGAGAUGUUCCUGGCAGGGGAGAUCCGGGAGACCAGUCAGACCAAGGUCCUGAAGCAGCUUCUCAUGCUGCAGUCGCUGGAGUAGGAGCCCGAGUCUGGAGUCCUCGCUCACAUACAGAAUAGAAUCAUAUAUUGUUUACAUUUAAAUCUAUGUAAUCUGGACGUGCAAAGUCGCUAUAUUCUGUAUCUGUUAACAGACAUUUCAACUCUAAUGAUCGACUUUAUAUUUGUUGUGAGAAAAAGUAUGAAAGAGUGACCGCCCCCAAAACCUCUACCCCCCUCCGAAUCCUCAUGUUCUUUGACAAACAAGCACCAGAUUAAAUUGAAAAGCCCUCAGUGUGAGUAGCCGUGAUCCCACACUGAUGUCAUGUCGAGCCUGCAGAACCACCUGAGAGCUCUUCAGAGUCCUGGACCCUGGAGCUCAUGAUGGAGCAGUUUGACCGACCUGAGCCAUGUCACACCACUAACUCGGACUAUGUCAGGGCGUUUCAGGUCAUCCGGAUUAUUCCCUAUAAUCUGCUUAAAACAGGUAUUUCUGUGGAGUCAGUGUUGAAUAGUGUCAUUCCAGAGGUUGUUACGUCAGUGGUUUGAAUCACUUUGAAGUCGAAACAAACGGAUGUUUUGUUUUUAGAUUAAGGCAUUCUAUACGUUCUGUCAGUGUGUGGAUGAUAUUUGAGUGUUGUUCCAUCAUCAUGUCUCAGUACGUGUAAAUAAAUGAACAAGUGAAGUCAAAA